AUGCCAGAAUUCAAGAAUUUGCUACCCGCAAACGGUGCGUGGAAGCACGACAUUACCAAUUGGCUGCAGGAAGACGUCCCUGCCUUUGACUAUGGUGGCUACGUGGUUGGAUCUGCCACCAAAACCGCUACUUUACUAUGCAAACAGAAGGGCGUGCUUGCCGGCGUGCCUUUUGCGGACGAGGUCUUCCGGCAGUGCAACCUUGAGUGCCAAUGGCUUUUUGUAGAGGGUGACGAGCUUGACCCCUCCGCUACGGGCAAGAUCCCGGUCGCCAAGGUCACCGGUGAGGCAAGAAAUAUCCUACUAGCAGAGCGCACCGCGCUCAACAUUCUCAGCCGCUGCUCUGGCAUUGCCUCCGCGUCCCGUAACAUCAUUGCAUCGGCGCGUGCCGCAGGCUACCGUGGGACCGUCGCCGGUACGCGCAAAACUACACCAGGCCUUCGUAGGCUGGAGAAGUACGCCAUGCUUGUUGGUGGUUGCGACACCCACCGGUACGACCUGUCGUCCAUGGUCAUGCUGAAGGACAACCACAUUUGGGCCACUGGCUCGAUUACGCGCGCAGUCCAGGACGCCCGUGCCGCCUGCGGCUUCACAAUCAAGAUCGAGGUGGAGUGCCAGUCCGAGGCCGAGGCAGACGAGGCCAUUGCUGCCGGGGCAGACGUCAUCAUGCUCGACAACUUUACCGGCACAUCGCUCCGGGCAACUGCACAGCGCCUCAAGGAACGCUGGGCGGGCAAGAAAAACUUCCUUCUAGAGUGCAGCGGCGGCUUGCGCAUAGACAAUCUGUCGGAGUACCUAUGCCAAGACAUCGACAUAUAUAGCACUAGUAGUAUUCAUCAGGGCACCCCCGUCGUCGAUUUUUCUCUCAAGAUCGACCACUGA